GCACCUUGGACAUUGUGUUGAUCUUGGUUGGGACAGUGCUGGCCAUGGUCCACGGUGUGUUGCUCCCUCUCAUGUGUAUCGUGUUUGGGGACAUGACAGACAGCUUUAUAAAGGACUCUGCAAUGCAUAACAACAUCAGCCACCACAAUAUGCCCAACAUACAUGUAAACAGCACCUUACAGUCUGAUAUGACGAGGUUUGCCAUCUACUACUCCAUCAUGGGUUUCGUGGUGCUGGUGGCAGCCUACGGGCAGGUGGCCUUCUGGAGCCUGUCAGCCGCCCGGCAAGCCACACGCAUCCGCAAGUUGUUUUUCCACCGCAUCAUGCAGCAGGACAUUGGCUGGUUCGAUGUCGUCGAGACGGGAGAGCUCAACACGCGUCUCACAGAGUGGGUGGCAGACAAACUCCAUUUCAUAUGCAGGAGUAUUAUUGUAAAGAAGAGCUGCAACUAACUAUUGUUAUCAAAAUUUAGUUUGCCAUUUAAGUAUCUAUGUGAAACUUUGUCAGUGUGGAGAGUUAAGGAGUCACAUGCUGAUAUACGUCAGAGUUAAUAUAAACAAUUAUUUGAUGUUUAGCAGUCGGGGCACCACUG